CUAGUUCCAUUGUCUUUCUUCUUAAUGUGUGUGUGAGAUAGAGAGAGACACACACCAGAGAGAGAAACAUAGAGAGAGAGAGAGAGAAUGUUCCAAUUUUUCAUGGAUGCUGCUUCGAUCUGCGUCUUCCUCACUUUCAAGACAUAAUCUUCUUCACAUAAAAUAUACCAAAUUGCUCAUCUUUUUUGGGGUUGUAAACAAGGAUUUUGCUACAUUCUCUCACUGGCUUAAAAUGUUGCUUGUUUGAGGGUGGUUUUAUGGGUUGAAUAAGAGAAGAAUCAUGAGUAGUUUAAAUGGAGAAGUUCAGUUUUUUGAUGCUCAGGAUGAUAUUGUGUUAGUCUCAGAUGCAAAUGGGACUACUGAAAACCCUGAAGUUGUUGAUUCUGGUUCUCCUGUGGUGGAGGGUUUGUUGAGAGAUUUUGGAUAUGAAUUAUGGACUCGGAGUCCGGGUAGUGUUUGGGAGCGGAGGAGUAAGUUUAAAACAUGGAUGGAAUCGAGUUUGGAUCCGAAAAAACUUGAGAGUUUGGUAGAUGGAAGUAGUCAUGAAAGAGGGGAAGAUGAGAUGAAUAGAAUGAAAGAGGGAGUUAAUAGGAUGACAAAAAGCUAUGGUUGUGCGGAGGAUUUCUUUUCGACCCGGUCAACGCUUUCUUGUUUCUCUUCGAUGAAUUCUUCAUCAGAGUUCGGUUUGGUGGAGAAUUCAGAAUGCCAAGAUAGGGAUUUGGAUAAUGGAGUAGGGUCUAAUGAGGAUCAGGUGGGGCAGCAUUCGGAGAAUAAUGACCAGUUGGUGGUUUCUGAUAAAUCGGAGAACACCGUAGGGUUCUCUCCUGCUUACCAAUGUAAGGAAAUCGAAGUGAUGGGUGUUUUUGAGUCGUGGAAGAAGAGGGCUAAAAAGGGUUUGUUAAAAAAGUUACGUUCAAUGACAUGCAUGAUGGAUGGACAACAAGGAGAGUCUGAUAACAGGAAGGACGAAAACGGUGUUUCAUUCUCGGGUUGUAGGAUUCAACGUGUUAAGGUCCGUCAUUGCAGGAAGCAAAGAAAGGAACUUUCAGCUCUUUAUACGGGACAAGAUAUUCAAGCGCAUGAAGGUCCGAUUUUUACCAUGAAAUUUAGUCCUGAUGGGCAGUAUCUUGCUAGUGCCGGCGAAGAUGGAAUUGUACGAUUAUGGCAAGUUGUUGAGGAAGAGAGACAUAAUGAAGUCGACAUUCCAGAAGUUGAUACAUCCUGCAUUUACUUUACGGUGAAUGAUCUCUCUGAAUUGACACCCUUGUUUAUGGAUAAGGAUAAAAUUAGAAAUGCGAAAAGCCUGAAAAAGACAUCAGAUUCGGCUUGCAUCAUUUUCCCUCCUAAGGUCUUCCGGUUGUUGGAGAAACCACUGCACGAGUUCCGCGGUCAUGGAGGUGAUGUUUUGGAUCUCUCUUGGUCAAAACAUAAUUAUCUACUGUCAUCUUCAGUUGAUAAAACUGUUCGUCUAUGGCAAGUUGGACAUGACUGCUGCUUGAAAGUUUUCUCACACAGUAAUUACGUGACAUGCAUACAAUUCAAUCCUGUGGAUGAUAAUUAUUUCAUUAGCGGAUCAAUAGAUGGAAAAGUGCGCAUAUGGGGAAUUCCUGAUUGUCAUGUUGUUGAUUGGACUGAUGUCAAGGACAUUGUCACCGCAGUGUGCUAUCAACCUGAUGGGCGGGGAGGGAUUAUUGGCUCCAUGACAGGCAAUUGCCGGUUUUACAAUGUAACAGAUAAUCACUUUCAGAUGCAAUCACAAAUAUGCUUACUAGGUAAAAAGAAAUCUCCCGGGAGAGGAAUAACUGGCUUUCAGUUUCUUCCACAAGAUAGUAACAAAGUUAUGGUUACCUGUGCUGAUUCACAAGUCAGAAUCAUUGAAGGGCUUAAUGUUGUUGGCAAAUUCAAAGGCCUUAGUGCAGGGAGCCUAAUAUCGGCAUCUCUUACUUCGGAUGGAAAACACAUUUUAUCAGCGUCUGAAGACUCCAAUGUAUAUAUGUGGAAUGUUAGUGACGACGAGUAUCACACCAUGAAAGCUAAGAAGAUUAAGUCUUGCGAGCGGUUUUAUUCAAACGCAUCUGUUGUUGCAGUACCUUGGCGUGGUUUGAAAACCGACAACAUUGAAAAUUCUAAACCAUUGGAUGUCCUAAAUAAAAGGUCAUCUCAAGCUCUAUGCCUCGAUCCACCGUCUUCGUUUUCUCUAAGCCAAGAUUUUUUCUUGGACUCUAUCCCGAAAGGUUCUGCAACUUGGCCCGAAGAGAAACUUCCUACUUCAAGAAGCCUCAAGUCUAAAAAAUCCGCACUGCACAAAUCUGCAUACAAGUUCUUGAAAUCCUCUUGCAAGAGUACUUCCAAUUGUCAUGCGUGGGGACUAGUCAUCGUGACUGCUGGUUUGGACGGGCGAAUAAAAUCAUUCCACAACUAUGGACUGCCCGUACUCGUUUGAAACAAAUUGAUCUUUCCUAUAUCAGGUAAUAGACUCAUGCAUGAUUCCAUGAUUUGCUUCGUCGCGUUGCAGGCUGCUAAUAUGCUUUGAGACUUGAAAGUGACAUUCGAGUUUGGCAGCCUAAAAAAAACGGAGCAGUUGAGGUCAAAGAGAAUUGCAGUUUAGUGUCGGUUUGGAUUCACAGUGACACGAACAAAAUCACUGUGAGGCAGUGAUUUUGAGAAAAGCGAGGCAGUGAUUUUGAGAAAAGCAAGCCAGUGAUUUUGCGAAAAGCUACACUGAAGUUUCAACAAAAUCACACUGUCAUCGUGAUUUUGUCGAUCCAAACACACACACAAGUAAUAUCAGAAAAUUGAACUUUUGAAGCUCCUCCAUAUAUAUUUCAGGGGAUUAGAUGACUUAUCGAUUCACGACAAGUGGCGACACGACCGUGGCUCUAACAGUUUAAAUAGCCUUUACCUCACACUAAGUAUAUGCUGGCCCUUAAAAGAGAUGCAAAGUCAUGGAAAAGGCCCCAUCAGAUAUCCUUUAGCAAAACUCUUGUUUGGUUAAAACAAGAUAGAUUGAUCCAAGAGGAAAAGAUAUUGAAUCAAGAGGCAGUGGCUGAGAUAAAAUGGUGGUGGGGUGAUUACAAUUAUUGAUUGGGCUAACCAAUUUAGAAUCUGAUUGUCUGCUAAUCUUUCAAUCCAUCUCAUGGUAGGUCCCUCAAAUGCCUGAGGGUGGAAGUGAUGAUUGAUUGGGAUGGUCAAAUCUGUGCAUUUUUGGCUUUCUGUUGUUCUAAAAAAAAUACAAACAAGUGUAGAUGAUUGUAACAGCCAAAUGGCUACUGCUACAGUACUGACAUUAAUAUUAUUGCUAACAAAUGUUCUAUGUA